CUCCGAGUUCCGACGAUGGGCCAAUCACAGUUCCGCUAUUUGCUUCCAGUUUAUGGCGCAACCCGAGGUUACCGCGUAGCAACUUAUAACCUAUCGUAGCAGGUCUGCAAGCGUGGAAAGCUAGAACUGACAUCCAUUGGCGAAAAAAAAUGGACGGAGAAAACAGCAGCUGCUAUUCGCAAACGGAGGAGGACGAUGAACAACAGAUGCAGGACCCGAUGGAGGGUCGAUCGUACCGCGAUCCGGAGGGACAACUGCUGCAAACCGUGCGGAGCUGCCUGGAGCAGAAAAACUACCUGCGGAAGGUGCGUAGCGAAAUGCGCCAGAAGGUCCUCGAAACCAUCCAGAUUCCAGCCGAAGGCACCGAGAGUCUGUUCCUGGGUUCCGGCGGAGGCGACGACCAGCCUCCGAAAGCGGUUCUGCUGAUCAAUCAGAUGAUUUUGGAGUACCUCGAGUGGUACAAUCUGCAGUACAGUGCGGAGAUGUUUUCGGCGGAAACGGGCACCGCGCCCAUGGAACGAACCUACCGACGUCAGAAGCUCCAAAGCACGCUCAGCGCGACACUGGAGGAUCCACUGGAGUUCCAAUCGAAUCUGCCGGUGCUGGCCGAACUGGUGAUGAAGCUGGCGGCGGCCGUCCCUGGGGGAUCUGCUGAUUGAUGGGGCGCGCUGUUCAGAGUGUUCCUAGACGCGCAGUCGCUGGGGCAGAAUCCCCAAUUUAAACAUAGUUUGUUUUGUUGUAACGGUCCAUAACAUUAAUGAUGCGUGAGGCUUUUCGGUCUCGAAUUAACGACAAAGCAAUGUAGAAAUAGAGCU